GGAAUGACAUUUUUUUUAAAAGGACUAAAAUAUAGAGUACUUCUUUUAACAGGACAGCAACAGAUCUUUUGUGCAUUUUCUUCAGGAUUCACUGUUUCAUUUCUUUAGGAUGUGGAAGACUGUAGAUGUUAGAAUCUUGCUGUUGAUAGUUUUGCUGUUAACAAAUGUGAAGACUACAGUGUUGUCAGAUCAGAAAAAAUGUGGUGACCCAGAAUGUGAAACUUCAAUAUUACGAGUGCAAACCAUUAAAGACUACACAGGACCUGACUGUCGCUAUCUGAACUUCAAAUCAGGAGAAGAGAUAAUGGUAUACUUCAAACUAUCAAGGAAAAGGGAGGAUUUGUGGGGAGGAAGCAAAGGUAAGGAUUUUGGAUAUUUCCCAAUGGAUGCAGUUCGGACAGAAGAAGUUUUUGUUACAGAAGAAGUAGAAGUUCCAACUAAGGAAACUGAUUUUCUUUGUCUUGAUGGAGGGGAAUAUGUUUUUGAAAACAAAGACAGCAUAUUUAAUACUGAGAAUGAAGAAAAUGAAUAUAUACCUUUUUACACAGAUGAAGACUAUUUAAAAUCAAACAUGCCCAGAGAUGAGGCUCUUGAAGUGACAGGUACUUCCUUCCCAAAAGAAUAUAAAGAAUCUGACAGCGAUGAUAUCAGAUCCAAAGACCAGCAUGCAUUGGAAACUACAAGGUAUGGAGAUUCAGAACUCAGAGACAGCAAGACUGGAGAAGAUGAGAGCAUUCAGCAAGAUGAUCAAAACAGCCAGAGUCUGAAACCAGGCCCCAAACAAGAUAUGUGGUCUGUUUCCAGUAUUGCAGGUUGGCUUGGUUUGGGAGACAAACAAGAAGAGGAGCCUAUAAGAGAAAUCUCAAAGACUGAAGAACAAAUUACAUUCAGACGCAGAAAAAUAGCCAUCACUGAUGACAGUGACUUUAAAAAACUAAACUAUGAAAGUGAAACAGAGUCAAGGACUUGGUUUCAGAGUGCUCUGACAGAUUUGAUGCAUUUUGGCAGUGAGAAGGCUGGAUUCAGUUUGCUAUACAAUGAAAAUGUUCAGGACAUCUCCAGGAUCACGGGAGAUGCUGAUCACCAUGACAGCACUACAGCAUCAGAUACACAAGAAGAGGAGCCCAGAGAUUCUGAAGUAUCCAAAUCAAACUGGUUUGAUUUAGAUAUAAGUGAUGUUUUAACUUUUGGGUACUCUAAUGAGAAUGAAGUUAGAAGAGAGAAGUAUGAACAAACAGAAGCAACAAACCCAAAAGAAGAAUCACCGCCUUCAAGUGUAUAUUCAACAGGGAUUUUAAUGGAUCAAAUCUUGAGAAAGCAAACAUCCGAGUCACCAUACCAUGAAACACAAGAAAAAGAUGUUCAAGAAAUUACAGAGGUUAAAAAAACAGAUUCCAAGGUGCAGUUAGCAAAUGACCGUACAGACUUCAAGGAGGCUAUGGAUACAUCUUUUUCCAGUGAGCCAGGUGACAAACUACUCAAAUCUCACUAUGCAAAACACAGUUCAGUAUCAGACAGUGAAGUUAUGGAAAAUCUUGACAUUAGAGCUAUAAUGAAGGAGUCAGGAAGAAAAAAUGAUCAGUCAGGUUGGUAUGAAAGUAUCUAUAGCAGCAUAUUUGGUUUCAGUAGAAUCAAAUCAGAUAUUCAACCAGCUCCCGAUUCUGUGGCUAUUCAGAGGUUGCAGGAGUUAGUUAUAGAUCAGUUUCUGCCUUCUCAUGGUGCAGAUCAAGCUUUUAUCCCAAAAGUCAGCCCAACUGCAAGGGAGGAAAAUUCUGGCAGUCCUCAAACACAUCAGUCUUUCUUCUCUUCCAUUCCUUUCACAAACACAUUGAAUGCCAUGAGUUUUGCAUCUAAAGAAAAAGGGGAUGUACACAUUACAGAACAGGCUCUGAAAUCUAGAGAAGGAAGCUCCCAGUCUAAAAUAGAGAACAAAGCAUUCCAUAUGAAAAAAGAAAGUAAAGCUCCAUUAGUGGUAAAUGAGAAAGUCACUGAAAAGGUUUCAAUAAUCCUUGAUGUAGCUACUUCUCACGAAAAUAUCCUAUGGUCUUCUUUAGCAACAAAUAAUCAUGAAGAAAGUGGAGAGAAAAAACAGGAUGAUGAAUUAGUGAAAGAUAAUGCUUCACCUUUUCAAUCUGUAAAAUUUAGAUUAGAGCGAGGAAUCUGCUAUGGUCAUCACAUACAAAUAUCAUCAUAUAGAAAAUCUGAGAAUUUAGACAUGCAAGACAAUUCCAGUAUAGAAGAUUAUAGUCCUACUCUAGAGGAGAAACAAUGCCCUUCUUUGGAGCUAGAAAAUGUAGCUAAUUCACUGGCACAACAGACAUAUACUGGAAUUUAUUCCCUUGAAAAAUUUGUCCCAGCAAUAGAAGAGUCAGAUUGUGAGAUAGCAAUCAAAUCAAAAGAUAAGACUAAAACAGAAUAUCAUUCAUACUUGGCUGCCACUGGAAUAUACUUAGAGAGGUUAUCAAAAGGAGAAAUGACUGAAACAACACAAGACAAAGAAGGAAGUAAUCAGGCAACAAAUAGAAAACUGACAUUUAAAAAGCUGAAAGAACAUACGAAUCAUUUCCCACAAAUGAAGGACAACCCACAUGAAGAUGAGCUACUUAAUGAUAUAGCAGAUGAUGAUAAACUAGAUAUACAACAAAGCAGAGAGCAAAUGUCAUCAGCAAAUGUUGAAGUGAUAGAAAACACUGAAGUAAAAGAGAUAGUUAGGCACUCAGAUGGCAUGAGCCAGAAAAAAUGUAAUGAAUUUUUCCCCAAUGAUAACACAGAUGUUAAUAAAAAUCCUUUUCAUAACCAAAACGAGAAGGGAGCAGUAGUUUCUCAAGGCAUUCAGAGUGCAGCCCAGUUUCCAUCUUCAAUAGCAUGUGAAAGCAGAGAUUUAACAGUUGCCUCUCAUUCUGAAAAAAAGACUACCACAUUUGAUGAAUCUCAGAAUUUCCUUUCUUUUAAUGACUGUGAACAUCUGCUUAGCUUCCAGAGCUCUACAGAAAAAGACAAAGGUUAUCUGCAAAGAAGCCAAGAUAAUAUUAGCUUCAGUGAUGAAAGCAACCAGUCAAAAAGUAUUCCUAAACUUAGAAAAAAAGAAAUGGAAAAGAAGAAACAAUUUCAUCUCAAAAAGUAUAAUCUAGCAAUGAAGAAGGAAGGCAUUUCCAAUGAAGACAUUUUGUUGUCUUUAUUAGCAAAGCAAAACAAAGACAGUGAAGGUACUAACUCAUUAAAAGAUCAGCCACUUGUUUCAUCUGCAGAGCAUCCAUCAGGACAUAUUAUAGAAUCAUUGUUCAGUAAUCAAAAACUGAAGGGCAAAAGUAGUGAGAAUAGUGUAGAACAGUUCCCUAACAAUAAACCACAUUCACUGGAAAAACAACAUGAAGCACCAACAUUAAUGAUCAGUGUGCAAAAAUUAUCACAGGACUAUAAGGUUACUAAUGAAGAACCCACAUCUGGAAUAAAAGAUGUUAAUGAAAAAGAAGAAAUCAAAAAGAAGAAUUUUGUCUCAAAAGCUUUGGAGAGGGGUUAUAUUGAUGUUUCAAAGAGAGAGCAAGUUUCAGAUUCAGUGCCUUUUUUGAAGUCAGGAUCAGAAAAGCUUGACAAUAUACAGGGAGGCUAUAUGGUAGAUUCCUGUGAUGAAAAUGAAUCUCCUGAUUUGAAAAGCAAAGGAAAGCUUUGUCUUGAUCAUGCCAAAGAUUACUUUCCUACAAACUCUGAUGAAAAUGAUAAUCUAAUCAAAAGUGUAGUUCCUAAUGAAAGUGUUAAUCAGGUUUCCCAAGAGAGAAUAAAAGAACAAGGGCAACCUUCACAAUGUAACUCCGAACAUAGUGAAAGCAAACAAGGAGACAGUACACAAAAUAUAGAAGACAAGCUGAAGAAACAAACAAAUAAAAAUUACCCAAAUAUAUUUAAAAAACAAGAGAUAUCUCCAGUGGCUACAUCUAAGAAUGUAUUUAAAAGUGAAAAAGAUAUUCCUGGGAAUGGUGGCUGCAUGUCAAAAGAUGACGUUAUCAACAACAGGGUACAAAACACAAGCAUUCAUUUUCCACAUAAGUGUACAGCUGGAAAACAUGGUGAGGAGGAACUCAGCUCAAAACCAAUACAAGGAUAUUUUGAUCAUGCUAAAGUUAGUGAUGCUUCAUUAACAGCAAAAGCAGUUGAUGAUCAUGGUCUGAAAGAAAAACUAAUCUUAUCUUACCCUAGUUCUGGUACUUUUUCUUCCAAAAUGCCUGUAAGUUUGCCAUAUCUAAAGGAUGAUCAAAAAGACUUAAAAGCUGAACAAGAAGUCCCAUAUUCCCAUCCUGAGCUAUCAGAUUGUGAGAAUAGUUAUAUUCUAAGUCAAAAGUGUCCAUGUCAGAUGGUACAUAAUACAAGAAAACAUUUCCCACAAACACCAGAUUUAGAUGUGCCGGAGCUUGGAGUCUCCAUAGGCCAUAAACAACUAAACAUUUUAAAUAUGCAAAGCCAGACAUUUCAUACAGGUCAUAAUGAUGAUCCUAGACUACAGUCUGAGGAUCAUUGUAUAAACCAUGUCCCUGUACUCACUAAACAUAGUUUGGAAAUGGGCCAUUUAACUAUUGAUCUGAAUGAUGAGAACUGUGCCCAAGACAGAUUUAUUUUUCUUCCAAAAACUCUAAACUAUAUAGAACAAUUUGCUGCUUCUGGAGGUAGUCAAGAAAAAAGCAAAAAAAUUACAGGAAUUGAGAAAGAGAUAGUGCUUAAGAACAUAGAAGGCAACAAUGACAAGACAGGGAAAGAACGUGUGCUGGAUAAUAGUUUUACUAAAACAUCAUGGUUUCUAGGAAGGCUACUUCAAAAUAAGCAUAACAAAGACUCUACAAUAAAUGAAAAAAGUACAGAUAAUAUAGUCAUCAAGGGUCGGGAGGUUGAAAUAUUGGGAAGUGAUUCUGAACAAGACAAAGGUGAAGUUCAGAACAUAAAGGCCAUCAGUUAUAAUUUUAAAAUAAUGGAACAGAGGACUCAGGAGGAAAUAUAUAAACAUACCCAGGAAAAAUAUAUCACUUCAGAUGCAAGAGAUUACAGCCAAAAAGAUAACACAUAUUUAAUUCCAGAGACUGCAUCUGUUGUCCAAGAAACAGCCAAAAUUUAUAAAUUGAUAACCGAUAAGGAGUUGAAGCUAGAAAAGGUUAGUUCACUCAGUGGAGUCCAAGAACAUUACAUAAAUCUAGCUCAGGAAUUCAAAAGGAUUCUUCAAGCAACUAUGUGUGAAAGUUACAAAUUGCUGCUACUGGAGCAAGAGUUUGAAAACCUUUGUCACGACAUCACCACUUUUCCAUGUGAAGAAGUUUUAAGUGAAAGAAAGCAAGUUAUUGCUUCUGUGGAAUAUGAAAAUACAUUUAUGGCUGAGCAUAAGAAGUGUUUGAACAAGAAAAUGAAUUUAGUUGCAGAACUACAAAGUCUGAUGCUGGACGUCAGAAACAAAUGUGAAGCCCAACAGGCAGACUCAGGUACAACCAAUACAGGAAAAUUAUCUGGUGGUGCUCCUAUAAUUAAUUCAGAUAACAAGCCUAACAGUGGUCAAUAUUUAAAAACAAACAAAAUUCCUUCUGUAAAUAUUGAGCACAAAAUGUGUACUUCAGAGAGCAGUGGUCAUCUGAAUUUGAAAGAAAGAGUAUUAAUGGGAAAUCCAAUGAAUCUAAAUUCUACUUUCAGAUAUGCAGAAAGAGAAUGGCUAUUUCAGAUAAGCCUAUAUUUGAAUGACAUCUGUGACCUUAUAAAGUCUGCAUUUUCAUUUAUGAUGUUUAUGAGAGAAAAGGUUGUUGCAGCAUUGCCUGAAAAUGUGAGACCUGGUCCAAAUCUGUAUGGAUUCCCAUGGGAAAUGGUGAUAUGUUGUGCAGUUGCUGCCCUUUUAAUUGCCUUUCUGCUGAUGUACAGAAGCUAUCAGUCAGUUAGAAGUAGACUUUAUAUUGGACGAGAGAAGCUACUUGCUAGUAAAGUUGCUGAACUUGUUGAAGACAAAUGUAAAGUACUAGAAAAGCUGAGCCUCUGCAAAAAAGAGUAUGAAGAGUUAGAAAACUCCGUGAAAGAUGCUGGCCUUCUAAGUGAAUCAACCAAUGCAUCAAACUUUAAGACAGCGUGUGAACAGCUGAGCAGCUUAAACUCUGUUCUCAAGAAGGAAAUAGAUUGUUUAGAAAAAGAACUUGAAGAAGAGAAGUCUAAACGGUCACAGCAAGAUGACUUGAUGGCUGAAAUACAGAGAAGAAUGGAGUCCUUAGAAAGUGAAGCAAAAUCUAUCUAUCAGCAAAUAGCUGAAGCUAAAACCACAUUAAAAGUAUACGAUAUCAACAGAGAGAGACUGAAGAUGUCUGUUCAAGAUGCAGUAGAGGAAAACAGCCGUCUUCAAGAAAGUGAAAAGCAGUUGUUACAAGAGGCCAAAGGAUGGGAUGAGCGAUUUAAUGAACUAAAUGAACAAACAAAAAUGUUUGAAUCCUCUAAAGCAAAUAUGGAGGAGUCUCUUAAAAACAAAGAAAGUCAAGUCAAGUCGCUGACUGAAUGCUUGUUGAAGAUGAAAGACUGGAGCAGUGCAAUAGGGGAACAUGAUACUGAAGACAACUAUUGGGAUAAUGAUAUGAAGGAGGAAACAGAAAAUGGUGAACAUCUAGGUGAUCAAGACAAACGAACUGUAAGGAAGCUGAUUUAUGCUGCUAAGCUAAAUGCUAGCCUAAAAUCAUUGGAAACGGAAAGAAAUCAAAUAUACUCAAAGCUAACUGAUGAAAACAAAGCAAAGGAGGAACUUGCAGAACGCAUUGAAAAUCUACAAAGGGAACAUGUCACGUUGCAGUCAGAAAAGAGAAAUUUUGAAAGUGAAGUUCAAAAGCUUCAGCAAAAACUAAAAGUCAUGACAGAGCUGUAUCAAGAAAAUGAAAUGAACCUCCACAGAAAAUUAACUGUAGAAGAAAAAGAACGUCUGCAAAAAGAAGAGAAACUUUCUAAAGCUGAUGAAAAGAUUAAUCAUGCUGCUGAAGAACUGGCCACCUACCGACAACGGGCAAAAGAUCUAGAAGAUGAGCUGGAAAGAACAGUUCGCUCUUUCCAGAAUCAGAUUAUGUCGCAUGAGAAGAAAGCUCAUGACAACUGGCUAACAGCCCGCGCAACUGAAAGAUUCCUCAAUGAUAUAAAGAAGGAAAAUUUGCAUUGUAGACAAGAAUUAACAGAAGCAGAAAUUAAAUGUGAUCUUUUGGAAAAAGAUCCUUAUGCUUUCCAUGUUCCAAUCAGAGCCUUUGGCAGAGAGCAAUCCCCAUAUGGACCCUCACCAAUGGGCAGACCUUCAUCUGAAACAAGAGCUUUUCUUUCCCCCCCAACCUUAUUGGAGGGUCCUUUAAGACUUUCACCUGUGCUUCCAGGUGGAGGAGGAAGAGGAUCAAGAGGACCAGGGAAUUCUGGCAUAUAUGAGGCGGGUAAUGAAAGAGAAGAGCUGAGUUCUGACAGGUUAUCUAAUCCUCACAGACCACCUUCAGACAGUGGUUCUUUGUCACCUCCAUGGGACAGAGAUCGCAGGAUAAUGCCUAUUCCACCAGGUCAGCCGUAUAAUGACCAAUCUCUUCCCCCUCAAAGACAAGAGAGAUUUUAUCCCAACCCUCCAAACUCUGGAAGGCUUUCAGGACCAGCAGAGCUAAGAAGUUACAAUAUGCAUUCUUUUGAUAAAGCAGAUGGACACAUAUCUGAGAACAACUCAAGAAUGGACUUGAGUGGAAAUGGAAUGAAAGAUAAUCCCAACGAUAGUAAUAUGCCCAAUGUGGCAGAUCGUCCUGUUGCACUUGAAGGUGAAACCUUUGGUCCUGGAGUUGUGCCUCCUCCCUCUUUCCCUUUACUGAGAGCUCCCCUAAUGCCAAUGGAUCCACGGGGGCCUUUCAUAAGAAGAGGCCCUCCUUUUCCACCAGUGCCUCCUAGUGGUGGAUAUGGACCUCGUGAAUAUUUUCCAAGAGAUUUUGCCAGUCUGCCACGUCCUCCACUGCCAAUGAGAACUCCGUUUCCAUUGAGGCCUUUUUCUCAAUAUCCACCUCCAAGGGCUGGAUUUUUUUCACCUCCUCCUCCACCACCACCUGAUAACAGCAAUGAACUGCCUGCUGGGUUAACACAGUUAUCAGUUGCAGCCUCUACAGAUCAUCAAGAACCUCAACAGGAAACUUGACUCUUUUUAGAGUAAUUCAGUGUCUCUUUUCUUGACUGAUUAUUUGCUGCUAAGUAACGGCUGUUUACUUAAGCAACUCUGUGUUACUGCUUAAAUUGAAGUUUCAUAGAAUUAUUCUCAGGAGAGUGUUCUGUAAAUAAUGGUUGAACUGUGAAUAAAUUUCCUUUGUACAGUAGCAAUUUUAAAUUAUUUUUAAUUUGUGAAUGUAGAUGUACAAAUUUGUCCUACAAAAGAUCACUCGGAUGUUUCUGGCCAUGUCUGGUCUCAUAAGAAAUAAUUGCAUGUGAAAAGAAAGGCUUAAAAGAAAAGGUAAAUGUGAAAAAAAUUAAAAGAUUUGAUAGUAA